AUGGACUGCCAACAAGAUUCAGUGGACACUGCUUUGCAAACCCUGAAGUGCAAAACCGUGAUCAUAAAUUAUAAGAUAAAUGUUCCUACAAAUGAAAAUCAUGUUCAGGAUGGCAUUUGGGAGAAGUAUUCACUGGUUGUGAUAAAUUUUGUUGGUGAAAAGAAGGUUGCUAAUUGUCCACGUAGUGGUCUUGCAGCUGGAGAUAUGAAUAUUGAAAUGGGUGGCGGUCUUACUGCUGAAGAUGAAGAUGUGAAUGUUGAAAGGGGUGACAAUCUUGCCAAAGGAGAUACGAAUGUUGAAAGGGGUGGUCAUGAUGUGAAUGUUGA